GCUCCUGUUUCGCGCUCCCGGCAUCCGCCGCUAUGGCCUGGACCAAGUACCAGCUGUUCCUGGCCGGGCUCAUGCUCGUCACCGGCUCCAUCAACACGCUCUCGGCAAAGGACAGACAGACGAGAAUGUGACCACAGCAAGUGCUAACCAGUUAAUACACAGAGAGCUCCACGUGCCACGUCCUGCCCUGGCUGCCUUUCAUGAGUUAAGUUAAUGAAUUCUCAUAACCACCCUAUGAGGUAGAUAAAUUCCUUGUCCCUGGAUAAGGAAACUGAGGUUCUGGAAAGAGGGGCUUGCUUACCCAAGUUCAACUCAGCUAUUAAGUGGCAAAGUUUGUAUUUGAGCCUAAGUAGUCUGGCUCUAGAAUCCAUGCUCUUAACCUCCACUAUGGGUGAGGCUGGGGACUUCUCUAGUCAUCCUUAGGGGCAUUUAAAGUUGUUAGAAACAUAGAAAUUAUCCAUUCUCAUCCCCACAGCUUACAGUCAAGGUCCCAAGAGAAGUUUCGUGUGUGUGUGACUCAGCUGGUUGGUGUCUAGAACCUAGGUCUCAGGAUUUGGGUCCAGUGCUGGUCUUCUACAGCUACAGUACCCAAAACUCCCUCUUCCUUGGGGGUUUCCUCUUAUAUCUCUGCAGGCAAGAACAGACAAGCAUGUGCCCAUGGAAGUUGUAAUCCUAUAAGUGGCAUCUCCUCUCCCUGCCAUCGGGGUGCCUUCCCUCUGGGACUGGGUGACAAGCAUCUGAAGCGUCCAUCCCAGAGAUCACUCAGGGUUCAGGGAUAGAGUCUCUAGUAGCCUCUUGCAGUUUCUUGGCCUGUAAAAUGAGCAUAAUGUUUCCCUCCCCGGCUGCUUGGGCGGACUGGAGACAGUGGAUGAGGAAGUGGGCGUGAGCACGUGCUGCUCCUGUGCUGGGAUCACAGGUCAGCUGUCCGCUGCAGGAGGUCACUGCCCACUCAGCAGGAUUGGGUGUGCUGCAGGGAGCCGGCCUGGCCAGGCUGGGCUGGGCUGGGGCUGGAGAUCACCUACCCCCCCGGAGGGAAAGUCACCAAUCAGGCUGGCCCUGUAGCCUCGUCCCUGGGUGUGGGCAGAAGGUCCCUCCCUUCUCCUUUCUGUGCCUGCUUUCUCCCCCUCACCAGGCUUCUGCUGAUGCACUUCCCGGAGACCAAGCAUUUGCCUUCCUCUGGCACCGCGUGGGGCUGUCUGCCUGAACCAGUGCACGUUUCGGAGCCCCACCGUCCUGAAUCCAGCUGGGGUUCUGCACGUAAAGAGCCAGGGUCAAGUAGACGCUCACUCAGGAAGGCUCACAUCCCCUCCUAAACUUCUGCAGGCUGUGCAGCCCACCUAGCCACGAAGGGGCCAUGGGGGUCAUUUCUCCAGCAGUUAGGCCCACUGGGUCCGGGGAGCCUGCAGGAAGGUGGCAGGAGGCCUGCGAUCACUGGGCCUCUUUUAGGGGAGGACGCUCACUGUCCUUCCUGCGCCAGCUCUAACUUUUGCCUUGGCCGCUGCCCCUCCCCCACCCAUAGGUUCCCAAAGUGGGCACGGGAUAAUUGCUUCAGAGGGGUUCGGGCCAGCUGGAGAAAGCCUUAAACCAGCAGGGCAGUGUAGCAGCGGAAAAGAGCAUGAGGCUUGGAAGCUAUGAGAUUAGAUGAGUCACUGGGCCUCUCCAAGCCUCCCUUUCAUCUAUAAAGUGGGCGUGAUAAUCCCUGCCCCACCUUCUUCCCAGACUCCUUGUAAGAUCUACUGAGGAGAGUUACCUAAUACUUAAGAGAGGGAGGGCUGUCAUCAUUUAUCACCACGUGAGCCAGGGCCACCUGCUAUGACACCCGGGAGAGUAGAGAAGCCCUGGGGCCCUUCUGAAGAUUACAAGCCAGAGAAAGAAGCUGACUCACUGGGCUUAACAGGCCCAGGAUGAGAGCGGAAAUGGCAUAGAUUCUGUGGGGAAUAUGGACACACAGCCAAUCGGCCCGAGGCAGCCGCAUCAACCACUUCCUCAGCUUCUGACCGCCACCCCUGGUCCCACACAGACGCGCACACCCCUUGGAACGCUGAGCUUUGAGCUUACUGAGCAAGGCCACGCCAGAGUGACUCGCCCCUAGUAAGGGCAGCCCACCCGGAGCCCUCCAAGGCCCAGGGAACUCUAAAGGAAGCCCGCCUCUGCCAGUGCAGGGCGCUUCCUCAUGUGGGUCCCCAAGGCCUCCUGCCCUAGAGACCACAGCUUUCCCCAGGAUAUAGUGUCCAGAGAGAAUGGAGGGCCCAUCUGCAGGGCUGACCUUUUCCCCGCCUCAGCCAGGGGGGUGGGAAGAAUCCUGAGUAAGAAGGUGAUCGGUGUUGAGGACGGAGCACUGAACAGGGGGUGCUGCUCCUGGGUACUAGCGCUUCCCUGUGUCCCUCAAGCCCUGUCUGGUCCCUGGGUUUCUCGUCUCUCAAACAAGGAGCUUCCCGAGAUGAUGGCUGAGUUUGUUCUCCUCUUUCAGCACUUUGUGGCCCUCCGGGUGCCUCUGCGUCAGCCUGCAGGCUGGGUCCCAGAGGAUGGAUACUCUCCCCGGAAGCUUUCAGGCUGGAGCAGAGCUGGGGCCACACCCACCCAACACAAGGGGAAGUGGUUCCUGCUCAGCAGAGGAGAGAGAGGGAGAAGAGGGGCAGCAAAGGACUUUUAGUGACCCGCUGCCACAUGCCAGGUCUUAUAUGUCUUAUUACUUUUGCCAAUUCAUCAGUGUUGGCAUUAUUAUCCCCGACUUAUAGGUGAGAAAUCUAUAACUCAUCCAACCUGUGAGAGUCAGAAGUCUGGGCUUUCCGUGUGUCCUGCUGCCUUUUCUGAAAAUAAGUGCAAGCAGAUGGGUUCGGCCCUAGAUCCGCCCACUGUUAACUAUGAGCCUGAACACGGCCCUCUCCACCCCAAGGUCUGAAGUCCCUGCCUGUAAAAUGCGGACCGUUGUUGUGAGGCCUAAACCACACAGCCCGCGUGAAGUGUUCAGGCUCCUCAGGGAGAAGCACAGGCCUGGGACAAGGAGCAGGGGAUUGAAAGCUGUGGACGUUGCUGGAUGCUGAGCUCACAGCCUCUCAAGUGACAAGGACUAUGGAACCAGAAGGUGGGCGGACAACUUCGUGGCCCCAGGCUGCGGAGGGAGCCAGGAGCACAGCUUCCAGCAUCCCUUCCUCCAGGCAGUGGGCAUGUUCCUGGGGGAGCUCUUCUGCCUGGCUGCCUUCUACCUACUCCUGUGCAGAGCUGCAGGGCACCCAGACACCAGCAUGGAUCCCCAGCAGCCCUUCAACCCCCUUCUCUUCCUGCCCCCAGCCCUCUGCGACAUGACCGCGACCAGCAUCAUGUAUGUGGCCCUGAACAUGACCAGUGCUUCCAGCUUCCAGAUGCUGCGGGGAGCAGUGAUCAUAUUCACAGGCCUGUUUUCGGUGACCUUCCUGGGACGGAGGCUGGCACUGAGCCAGUGGCUGGGUAUCCUCGCGACCAUCGCAGGGCUGGUGGUCGUGGGCCUGGCUGACCUCCUGAGCAGGAACGACAGUCAGCACAAGCUCAGCGAAGUGAUCACAGGUGUGGCCGGGGUGGGCAUCCCGGGGCUGCCCAGCACAGAGUCACUCGACAAAGCAUUUUACAAGCUCCGCUGUCCGCCAAGCCCUGGGGGAGGGCACGUGGGCCACCAGCUGAUGUGGACAUGCACCUGCUUCCCAGGGGACCUGCUGAUCAUCAUGGCCCAGAUCAUCGUCUCCAUCCAGAUGGUGCUGGAGGAGAAGUUUGUCUACAAGCACAACGUGCACCCACUGCGGGCAGUCGGCACUGAGGGCCUCUUUGGCUUCGUGAUCCUCUCCCUGCUGCUGGUGCCCAUGUACUACAUCCCUGCCGGUUCCUUCAGUGGAAACCCUCGCGGGACGCUGGAGGACGCGCUGGACGCCUUCUGCCAGGUGGGCCGACAGCCACUCAUCGCGCUGGCGCUGCUGGGCAACAUCAGCAGCAUCGCCUUCUUCAACUUUGCCGGCAUCAGUGUCACCAAGGAACUGAGUGCCACCACCCGAAUGGUGCUGGACAGCCUGCGUACCAUUGUCAUCUGGGCAGUGAGCCUGACGCUGGGCUGGGAGGCCUUCCACCCGCUGCAGAUCCUUGGCUUCCUCAUCCUCCUGACGGGCACAGCCCUCUACAAUGGGCUGCACCGCCUGCUACUGAGCCGCCUGUCCAGGGGCCGGCCCCCGGCAGAGGAGGGCGAGCAUGAGAGACUGCUGGGGGGCCCUCGGACUGCCAUCAACGAUGCCAGCUGAGCCUCCUGCUCUGCUGCCACCUGGACGCUCCUUGUUCACCCCGAGGCUGAGGCCACGUGGGCUGGUGAACCUCAAAUGCCCUGCCCCCGAGGCCUCGCCCUGCCCCCUCCCCACAGACACCCCCCCACCCACCCAGGGCAGCUGCUGCCACAGAAGAUGACACAACACCCAGGUCCUCCUUUGUCACCACCCCAUUCAGGCCUGAGUGCAGUGCCCGACCCCCAGCAGGCUUCCCCAGCCCCUCCUGCAACACUAGAGCUAAAUCAUGGAGUAGAAUUGCAGGAACCAACAGCCCUAGGGUUUCCUCCUAAAUCAUAGGCUAAAUAUGGUUCUCCCAAGAAGAGAGGUCACUGAGCAAAUUCUAAUAGAACUAAGCACCACAGUUUCUAAAACUUGUAAGAUACUCCCUAACCCUGCCUGGGAACGGAGGUUUCAGCCAGGGCCUUGCCGCAAACUCAGUGUGUGCUCCCCAGCCCUGUACCUGGUCACUCCGGGCCUUGGCGUCCUGCUCUGCAGAAGGUGUCCACGGUGUGGCUUCCGUGCCUUGGGCCCAACUGGGCCCAUUCUGCAGGCCUGUGGUUUUGACCAACCUGGGGAAGGAGUGACAGCCCGUUGAUUGAAGAUGCCCCCUGCCCACGUCGCUCCUCCCCACGCCUGCUCUGGCGUCCUUGCUCACACCUUGAAGUCCUCCCCACCUGGGAGAAGUUACAGGGGGAUUUCAGGGCAGCCCUUGAUAAUAGCUUUUAUGAACUCUUCACCUUCCAUUUUAAAGAUGAGCAAUCUUGAGUCCCAGAGUUAUAAGUUGUUUGGCAAAAGUGCUCUCCUGCCACGGGCUCUGGCCGUGCAGCCACACGACCAGGCAGUCGGUUGGGUUGUAGAGCACGUCUGGGGUUCUGCGUCACCCCCAGCAACCCGACAGACACCAUGGAGAACCCUCCAAGGUGGUGGGUUUACCGGGAGUCUACCGUUGGUAGUGAUGCUGGUAUCCCAGGCGUUAUGUUAAGUGCUUAGCUUUCAUUCUCCUGCGUAACAGCCUGCACAGGUGGAUGCAGGUGAGAAAGGUGUGGCCCAGAGAAGGUCAAGUGACUUCCUCUUGGAGCCGGUAUUUCAAGCUGGGUUUGCCUGAUUCCAAACCUGUGGGCCUACUUACCAUAAAGUCUCUGAGAUCUUUGGGGGUACUUCCUGUGGCUGGGAGAGAGGCAUCCUGUGCUGUUAUCCUCCCAGUAACCCCACCCUGAAAAGAGGGGCCUGGUAGCAGGGACCCCAGGUUGCUGAGCGGCCCUUUAUUCCAGUGGUCCUCGCUCUGGCAGAUCGCUUUCCUGGGCAGCUCAAUCGUGAAACAAAUACCGAAUGCCUUCCUUAGAAUAGAUCCUGGGAGAAGGGAUCUCUGACAAGCAAAGCCCUCGGGCUGUGGGAAUCCAGCAGGUUCUUACCGUCGGGAGAGAAAGGCCUCUCCAUCCCACCAGCUCCGAGUCUCGGGGGGCCCUGACCUCCUCUGGGCCGUGGUGUGUGUCACAGGAAGAAGGAAAUGGAGAUCGAGGGUGGUGCGUCCAAAAAACUGGGGCCUUACAGUGUUGUUUCAGGCUUUUUAUUUUUAAAAAGAAGAGGGGAGUUGGCAGUUUGGACUUUUUUCUUUAAUAAGAGGGAAGGAGCACAAGGGUUAGGACAUUCCUGGAGGUAACGUCUAGAACGUUGGAUGGAAAAGCUGUAAGGUACCAAAGCAUAGAAAUCACAUGUGGAUUUUAGCAUUGAAGGGUUGGGGGGGAUUAUAAUGGGACUUCAGUGGUGAGAGGUGGCAGAGGAUGGGGAGGGCACUUAUGGUCAGGCCUGCCACCCACUCGGGCAACUUGCUUUAUCUCCUGGAGCUUUGGGUCUUCACAUCUCUAAAAUGGGGAAGCUUGCAUCUCACAGGAUGGCUGUGAAUAUUACCUACGAUAUAAAUGGAAGGUGGCUGUAAAUGCCAACGUACAGUGGAGCGUCCUGCAAGGCGGCACUGCCCACUAGGGUGGUCUGUCAGGCAUUGAAGUCCCAGCAGAGCCACGGUGUGGAGCAUCGGUUUUGCUCAGAGGGGGAGAAAUGUUUUGUUAGAACAUACCAUUGUGGAGUAGAGUGUAAACUUCGCAUCGAUUAUAAGAUAAAACAGGAUGCCUCAUAAAAUUUUUAUGUUGACCCUAAGUACCCUUCCAGA